UUGACUGAGAAGGGAUUUUUCGCUGCCAGAUGGUCCCUUGAUCGGAAUAAAGAGACUAAAACCACAGUAACUAAUCUGAUAUAUGCAAAUGGGAAGAUAUCUGUCUAUUAUGAUAACAUUCUUUCGGAAAUUAGCGAAAACGAGAUAUUAGGAAUCCGAGGAAUCUUUCAAUGUGAAACAGCAAUUUGUCCAAUACACAAUUCAAGUGAAGCAUGCAAAAAAGCAACAACACCGAAUAUAACAUGUAUUUGGUGUGAGAAAUGGAACACGUGCAUUGACAGUAAUCAUCAGGAUCAUCAUUUCUUUAAAGUGAAUGGUUGCCAUUAUAAGAGCCCGGACGUAAUCGAUGUGAGUACAUCGACAUCCAUCAAUCACAAAGCAACAACAUUGGGGGUCCGUGAAGUUCAGGUUGAUAGAAACCUCAAGGAAACUACCAAUGGAACUGAUCAAUACUCGAGCCGGGAUGUUAUCGAAUCGCCAACGUCGACAUCCAUCAAUCACAAAGCAAAAACAUUUGGGAUCCCUGAAAAUGAGGUUGGUGGAAACCUCAAUGAAACUACCAAUGGAACUGAUCAAUACUCGAAUACGAAUACUGAAAUAAGUCAAGAAACUUAUAAUCAACCUUGUACUAACAAAGCAGCUCAUACUAACACUAAUUCUAACACCACUGAUGAUACCACAAAUGACGCUACUACAGUUGUGGACGCUCAACCUAAGAUUGUAUAUAAGUACUAUUGA